AUGCCCGUUGCUCCGAAUCGCGAAUUCUGGAUGCACGUUCUCGAAGAGAAGAUCAAGGCUACCAUAGGAAACGAAGGCGAUAUGAUUGGAUGGCCGUCCGACAAAGAGUCAGUUGGACCGAUUGCCUUUGCCGCUAAGCAAGUCCCUUCUACGAGCCGUUCCAUUUAUACUGCCUCAAGAUACACCCGACCGUUCUUUGUAUCGUUUGGUUCUCGAACACGGAGACUACGGGAUACACAAUACAACCAUUGCGAAGCAGCAAAAUGGCGAACCUAUUAUCACCUCGCUAUUCGACUGGAGACAGCUUGUAUCUGGCCUGCCGUUCUUUCUGACCCUCUAGUGGCAGUUUGUCCUGUAGACCUACACGUGACCGCUGCCGGCUUUCCCAUGAUUUCUCGAAUACCAAGUGAUGCAACCGAGGCGGAUGGCAGGAUGCACGAGAGAUGGGCAACUCAUUAUGUCAAGAGACUCUACGAGGCUGCUCCCGACUACAAAGCCGCCAUGAAAGCCGGCGGAGACUUCCGUUAUCUGUGGUACUCAUUGCAAGAUUGGCGUGGGAACGACCCGGAGGGGUUCUUUGGUGACCUUGGAGCGUGGGCUGAGGAGCGGAUGGAGUGCCUGAAGGUUACUUGA